AUGGAGCCACGAGGGAUUGUCAAAGCCUUUCCCAAGAGGAGGAAGGUGAGGGAUGACUCAGGGAAAAGCAUCCCUCCAAAGAUCCCAAAAGAGGAAGGAACAGAGAUACCUGAGGCAGAGUGGCUGAAACCAGUCACCGCCUUUGUGUUGCAAGCUGGCAUCGGCCAAGCCAGGGUGGAGAUCUUCCAUAAGCAGAUUGUCCAGAAUGGGGGUGUUGUACACAACCAGCUCUCCUCGGAGGUGACGCAUGUCAUUGUGGCUGAAGACAUGGACUGUGAUCGGGCCUUUCGGCUCCUUAAAUUAACCAGGCUACCUUCAGGGUUGCAGCUAGUGAAGGCAUCCUGGCUAAGUGCUUGCAUUAGAGACCAGAAGCUGCUGAGUACCGCUGGCUACCGUGUCUUUAUCCCUUACAGGCGUUGGAUCCAUGGCAGGUACCUGGAGGAGGGAGAACUACAGAAAGAGCAGCAGCAGCAGGUCCUGGGCAGUGAAGAGAUCCAGCCCUCAGCAGAGGAGGGAGCAGUGAAACCAAAUACUGAAGCACAGGUGGAGGAUUCCUCGCAGCAAGGCCUGGGCACCCUUGGACAGCAGCAGCUGGCUGAGAAAGUCUCUGAUGAUGAAGACAGUGAAGAAGAAGAUGCUAGUGUCACCCAGGGAGAUCUGGAAGCAUUGAUUUCUGGCCACUACCCUGUGAAAUCGUCAGAGGAGACCAGUGACAGCUCUUCUGCGGUGGCCCAACCUGCCAGCAAGUGGGUUUGUGCCCAUUCUUCCAACAGCAAGAAGGAGAAUCACAACCAGUGCAUCACAGAGAAGCUGGAAGUGCUGGCAAAGGCCUAUUCUGUCCAGGGGGACAAGUGGAGAGCUCUGGGCUACUCCAAAGCCAUCAAUGCACUCAAGAGCUACCACAAACCAGUCACCUCCUACCAGGAAGCCUGUAAAAUCCCUGGGAUUGGGAAGCGAAUGGCAGAGAAGAUCCUGGAGAUCUUGGAGAGUGGACACCUGCGCAAGCUGGAUCACAUCAGUGAGAGUGUGCCUGUGCUGGAGUUGUUUUCCAACAUCUGGGGAGCAGGGGUCAAGACAGCUCAGAUGUGGUACCAGCAGGGUUUCCGCACACUGGAUGAUAUCCGCACCAAGGCAACUCUCACCAGCCAGCAAGCUGUGGGGCUGAAGCACUACACAGAUUUCCUGGAGCGCAUGCCUCGGGAGGAAGCUGCAGAAAUAGAACAGACCGUCAGACAAGCUGCCCUGGCCCUGAAGCCUGGGCUCGUGUGUGUGGCGUGUGGCUCCUACCGUCGCGGGAAGCCCACCUGUGGAGAUGUGGAUGUGCUGGUCACUCACCCAGAUGGGCAGUCUCACCGUGGGGUGUUCAGCAAGCUGCUUGACAGCCUCCACAGGAGCGGCUUCCUUACGGAUGACCUGGUGAGUCAGGAGGACAACGGUGAUCAGAAGAAGUACCUGGGGGUGUGCCGCCUCCCCGGGCCAGCCCGGUGUCACCGCCGGCUUGACAUCAUCGUGGUGCCUUACAGUGAGUUCGCCUGUGCCCUGCUCUACUUCACCGGCUCAGCUCACUUCAACCGUUCCAUGCGGGCCCUGGCCAAGACCAAGGGCAUGAGCCUCUCGGAGCAUGCCCUCAGCUCGGCCGUGGUGCGAGGCCCUGGAGGCGUCAAGGUGGCACCUGGCCAUACUCUGCCCACUCCCACUGAGAGAGAUGUCUUCAUUCAGCUGGGGCUGCCUUACCGGGAGCCCUCAGAACGGGACUGGUGACACCUGGUUGUCACCCAGCACCCCGAGCCCACUGCCAUGCUGCUGUUUUGAAGAAUGCUGGUUUCCCCAGUGCUGCUCUGUGGUGACUGCAGACUGGGAAACGUAACCCAGCAAACUGGGGCUCCUCGCAAGCACAAGGCUCUGCUCCUGGCAGAGCUGUGUGGCUUCACCUGGCAGAGGCCGUGGGCUGGAACCAUGAUGGAAGCGCUGCCUGAUGCUGCAGGCAGCCCCUGGCUACCAAAAGGGCUCGCUGCCCAUCAGCUACCCCAGCCCUGCUCUCCCCGGGGAAGCUUCAGAAGGCUGGGCUGCAGAGCCUUGUGAUCCAGCCCCUCCCAGUGCUUGGGAUCAGGGAAAGUGGGGUGCGUCUUCCUCUGAGUCUGAGCACAGACACCCCAAAAUCUCUGGCCUGAGCUGUGUGUGAAGGCAGCCAGGGUCUGGCCUGGCCCUGGAACAGGCCUUCCCCCUUCUCACUACUGCUGGCAGUUGCUACUGUGGGAAUCAUGAAGGGUCCCCCUGUGCUGCUGCUGUGUCCUUCCU